AUGGUUAUUUUUCCUCCUCCAUACCUUGACAGAUUGCUUAUGGUGUGUUGUUUGCUUAUGGUGCACACAAAGAGAGUAGCAGAUUAUUAUUUUUUACAAGUAAACAGCUGACUGGCAUGCUCACUUAGAACCAGUACUGGUAACUCUUUUGAUGGAUAAUAAAUUAAUGCAUUAUUUGUAUGUUGCCUUUCUACAUUGAGUUUGCCUAAAGCAGCUUACAAGAAAAAUCCACUUACUAUUAAAUACAAAACACAGAGGUUGAGGUCAGUGGAGAAAGCAGUUUAAGGAAUAAAUUCAAAGAAAAUGAAAUCAAUAAUUCAGCAAGCAUAGAAAAAAACAAAAAGAAAGUUAAUAUACAAUAAAGUUCCAGCUGCUGGUGCUUCUCUUUUUGUCUGCCAAGGAGCCUUAGCAGCCUGGCUUAAAUACAGUUGAAACAGAAAGAUUGUCUCAGUAGGUUAGAUAAUUUACAGCUGGCUUUCUCAGUUCUCUUCCAGAGAAGACAAACAGCAGGAAAAAAGAGAGAUGCUGGGGAGGGCAAUGACAGUAAGUAAUUUUCGCCAGCCUCCUGGACAUUCCAACUGCUGACUUAGCUAGAGUUUGCUUGCCAAGACUUGAAAGGAAAGGAUCUAGCCGUGAAACAGCAAGCUGGAAUCCUCCUGUCUCGUGUGGUUCAAAUAUAGGAAGUGCUUCAGUUUUCAGACUGGGGCACCUACUAGUGGACAGGAUGAAGCCUACCAGCCUGCUGUUAGACUGAAACAAUAACAGCACAAGGAAUGUUCCAAGGGAAAUAAGUACCUCUUCAAUCAGGUAAUUUGCUUUCCACCAGCGAACUCUAGAAGUAGUGCCCUGUUCAGAGAUGUCAACAAGAAAGCUGCCAAGAGUGUUUCAUCCAUUUGUAGCACAUUUCCUGGGAAAAGCAGGAAUGUGUGACUGCUUUUGUUCAGUGGGUAACUGGAAUUAACCACAUUUCUUGAGUUUGCCAUAUAAUUUAAUAUUAUUGUUUCCUGUGUGAGACACCAUAUCAGUUCUGCAAAAUGUAGCCCACAUUGGAGAUAAGAAUGAUGCCUUAUUUACAUCAAUUCUAUCAAUGACAGGCUGUACUGUGCACACAGCCCUGUGUGUGUAAGGUUAUCUCCCACUUGGACUACUGUGACAUCCUAUCUUUGAAGGUGACUCUGAAACUAUAACUGAAUGCAGCAUCUAAACUGGUGACUGGAGCAGCCGCCAGGACCAUAUAACCCUGGUUCUGAAAGACCUACAUUUUACGCACAUGUCCCAGAGUUUGAGAAAUAAUAACUUGGCCAUAACCAGAGAAUUGACCCGUGGGAUUUAAAUUUAGUUCUCCAAAUCUAACUCCAUCAGCACUGCACUAGAUUUUCUUACUAUAUUUAUAAUAAAGGUCUGUCAAUUGGGUAAUGUGUAAACAUUAGACCAUUAUAAAAUACUUUAGCCCUGACUUUUACAGGCCUAUAUUUUAGCUCAUAAUAUCAAUCUCAACAUGUUGUACCUGGCAGUUUGAAACACUGCCCUUGCAUUUAACUUGUGUUGCCUAUAUGAUCUGUGGGCCAGCAUAAACUGGUUUCAUGCACUCUGUACUCCCUUACUGAUUCUUGCUUGCUAUGGCCUUUUACAUAAAUAUUUUUCCUUAAAGUUCUUUAUCAGGUGCCUGGGUAUUGCAACAUCAACUAAGGUUACAGGGCUGGGAAUACAUAUGAAGUGGAAAGAACAGUGUGCAUUUAAAUUAGUUUAUGAUUGUAGGGAGAUUGUUCUAACCAAUUUUAUGGAAAACAAAUAACCUUAACAAAUAAUACUUUUGAAGCAAUAUUAAUAAAAACACGUUGGCUAUAGCAUCCUUAGACUAUUGCCUUGUAUUUCAAAAAGUAUAGUUGUCUCUUGGUACGUAGAAAGAGGAAUGGGAUGAUGUGUUCAGGGUGAUUUAAUGGCUGGAGUUUUUAUAGUUUGUUGUUUGCUGUUCUCCAUUUUAUUAUGUAGGUUACAUUAUGUUGGCAGUUCCCACUGACAAAUAUUGGGGUGCAGUUUUAUGCGUCAGUAACUUAUGUGACAAAAGGUAUAUCUUACUUUCCUUUUAUAACCACAUUUACAUUCCACCAAUUCAUGUAAAAUAUUCAGGCACUAUACAAGAAUACAAGCAUAAUGAUUUUUUUAAAAAAAUGCAUGAAUGGCCAUAUUUUUGUGCAAUGCAUAAUAAUCUCCUUUGAAAUAAUGUUACUUGCUGUAGGUUGAUGCAAACCAUAAUGUGGCCAAGCCAGUUAUAUAAGCAAGUAGCUGCUUUGCCCUUUCAGUAUUUGUCUUCAAGAGUGUUUUGGACUGAGUUGUUGGAGUACACACAUUUUUCUUUUUGUGUUAUGCUAACUGGAGUUUUUGGCAUUACAACUUUCUGGUUAUGUGUAGAUUUAAGCAUGUUGCAUACAUUUUCCAGAUGAAAGGGAGCUUCCUAUUGCCUGGUUCUGACAAAGUUUUCUCUCUAUGGUUUCAUUUCUUGACCAUAUCUUUCUUGACUUAUAUAUUCUCCACUGUAAGAGUGAUUUUCCAUAGUUCAGUGGGGAGUUCUUAAAGGCAUGUGGAUUCUGCAGAGGAAGCAUCUUCAAAUCAAGUCUGUGUUUAUGAGAGAAGCCAAUUUGACUGAAGCAUGAGUAAACCACAUCUUCCACCAUGAGUCAUCUUGCAAAUCCCAAGCAAGAAAAACUUUGUAAAAUGUAUAUUUUCGCUUAAAGGAGCACAGGGGUUUAAAGGCGAGAGCUGCUAUAAGAACAAAACUGAAUAACUAAACUGCUUCUUUUUCUACCAUCUCAACCUGUUGCAGACAUAAUGGGACAUGGUUUGCAAAGGGACAUUGCCCCCUGCCCCCCAUGGUUUGUUUUAAGCAUAGUUUGUGAACCCACCACAAGCCAUGAUUAGAAGGGCAAUCAUAGUUAACUUUAACUAUGUGCUGAUGUCACUGCAACAGGACUCCCUAGUUCAAGGACAUGGUAUACAGGCAGGCAACAGCCCUCAGAUGGCAGCAAUCCUUAAUGAAAACUAGGGAUCUGCUUCUGCUUUUCUUAACACAAUCUGCACUGACUAGAUUUUAGUUCUGGCCUUUGGAACAUAUCUAUUAAAAUGUAAUUGAAGUAUAUAUUUUUGGAGUGUGUACAGAGUCAUUUGGUAUCUUCAAGCAAAUAUUAAAAGGCGCUAUUACUUGUGAUGCUUGCUGAAUUCCAGUUAAAACUACUGACUAUUCUCUGCAAAAAAAAAAUUGGGAGUUGAUAAUUUUGGAGCACAAUUUACCAGCACAAUAUUGCACUUGAUAACUGCAGCCGAGACAGGGUUUUUCUAUUAACCAAGAUAAAGAAGCAAGUUGUUUACUUGCUUAUUGGUACAGCUGGUUGUUGUGUGAGUAGCUGCUAAGCUCCAUAAGCCCCUAGAAUUCAUUUUCUUUCUUCUGUAAUGCUGCCUGUGUAGAAGAUCCAUCUGCUUAGUUCUCUUAUUACUAGGUUUCCUGAUGGUGUGGGUUAUUUAGUUAUUUAUAUUUUUAUUUACAGUAUUUAUAGCCCACUCUUAGUUGUAUGUUUUCAAUCCCACUGUGGGGAACAAAGUAAUAAAAAUAAAUGGUAAAAACAAUAUAGAAAAAUUACAAAGUAUUAUAAACAGGACCAAUAAACAGUGCUAUCAUAAGUUAAACAAGCAAAACUACAGCAACAAAAAGUAACAUUUUAAGUUUAACCAAAUAUGUAUGUAAAAACAAGCAAAACAUUUAAACUGAUUAAACAACCAGCGGUAUUAGCAAUAGUUCCCAACCCAUACAGUGGUGCCUCGGGUUACAGACACUACAGGUUACAGACUGCUAACCCAGAAAUAGUACCUCGGGUUAAGAACUUUGCUUCAGGAUGAGAACAGAAAUCACGCAGCGGCAGCUGGAGGCCCCAUUAGCUAAAAUGGUACCUCAGGUGAAGAACAGUUUCAGGUUAAGAACGGAGCUCCAGAACGAAUUAAGUUCUUAACCCGAGGUACCACUGUAUUUUACUCACGGCAACCCACUCUCUUCCUCUUUGUCUCUCAUACGACGAGGGCCCCACUAUGUGCCAACAGAUUCUCUCUCUCUGGCUUUUGAGUAACUUAACAUAUUUCAUCCCCAGCUGGUGUUCUGCUCCCCUUCCCAGGCCUGAGGAAACUCACAGGCCUCAAGGUCAGCAGGGCUGCCAGGUACUGGCAUGCACAUGGAUAUGCUGGUUCCCCCACCCUACACUGAAUAUUCAAUCUGCCAGCCUUAAGUAUGCAUUUGUCCUAUCCACCUGCCCACCCAAUGAAGAAUUUAAAGCGUUAUGAUAGCUGACUCUUUUUUAAAAAGUAGUUCUGGUCUUUUACAUCUUGGAAAAUAACAUUGCUAGUUUUCACAGUUGUGUCAUAGAUGAGGGGUCACCCAAAGCAAGGAAUACUUGAAUGGUAAAAAAUGUCUCAGAAGGGCUACAUAAUGUAUUCUUUUUUCCUUAAAAUUAAACAGCUCUAGAAAUCAACAUCUUGCUGAUUCCAGAUGUCUUAUAGAUAAGUGGCAUUUGAGCUAGAAACAGCCCAAAGUCAGUAGUGGCAGACUGGUUUCUUUCCUAUUUAAAAUUAGCAGAACUGUUUAUAUAAACAGAGAACAUUUUGUUGAAACUGCUAACAUUCACAUGCCGAUAACAAGCAAGUAGAUAACCGAGUUCAUUAUUUUUUGUUUACAGUGAAAAUGCCUUUUUGAAAAAGAUUUAGCAGUAUGAUCCUGUGAAUUGAUAUGAGUUAAGCUGCAGUGACUACUGAAUUGUAUUCAACUUUCUGUGAGGUGAGUCGGGGGGGGGGAUGCUUCAAGACUGUCACAAGAUUGUGGGUAGGAUUAAAUCACAUGCUGGCAAAUUCAGGUUUCACCAUUAAAGCUGAUUUGGAGGACUUGUGCAGCAAACCUACUUCCAAGAAUAUCAGCGGCAAUAAGGAAGGUGACAGGAAAAGGUACAGGAAAGUGUAGAAUAGUGUUUGCUUUGCACAGCAUUGUCUAACCUGGCAAACGUAUCAAAAUGAACCCUCAAUAAAAAGGUUGCCUGGAAGCAAUCAAAACCUUGGCUAGAAUUAGAUAUAGAGAUUGAAAUAUAAAUGGGAAUGCCUGCUUCACACCUUUUGGUGAGGUCUUACUCCUUAUGGCAUCAGUAUCAGAAGUUAAGCUGAUGACUGGCUGUGAGCCUCAGAACCUCUUCUGACACUUCAGUUGUGAAUCUGGCUCACGAGACUCAGUUGGUUCAAUCGGAAUCGUUUUAGGAAAACUAACAUUGGGUGGGAGGGGUUAGUAAAUAUUUUCAAAACAGUAUAAAAAAAUAUUAAUUUUAUGGUAAUGUUGUUUAUAGAUUUACUUUUGAGUUCUUCUAUGAAGUUGUAACUUACUUUGGGUCCAUCCUGUGAGGAAAAUCAGGCUAUAAUCAAGUAAAUAAAUAUGCUGUCUCUACAUACAGACAACUUCACCUUUAAGCAUGUUCAAUAUGUGUGCAACUCCUCAUAUGCACAUCGCGUUGAACCCAGAAGUGACCCAAAAACAUCACAAAAACGGGUGGGGGCAGAAUGGAGUGUUUGCAGGCUUUUUCAAUGGUGUUUCAAAUAUAUGUGAUUUCACUUAAAUGUAUGGUGUCCUGGAAAGUAACCCCUAUGUAAAUUGGGAGUUGCCUGUAUUCACUUUAAAGUGAGCCAUCCUGUUCAAUGAAGCUUAUUGUCAAUUAAAAUUGUAGAAAAUUAGCUACAUAUCAAGCUAACUUUUAAAAUAUUGUUCAGAACUAUUAAUGCAGAUGUCAGGGAACUGCCAUCAGUGCCGGAGGGAGAGAGCAAAAUCCAGAGGGAUCCCAGAGAGCGUCCCGGGAUUGGGAGAAGCAGCCCAUCUUCUGGGGAAGAGAAUCAGCGUAGCACCAGUGGAGAAGGGGGGCAGAUGGGGGAAGCGGCGAGGCGGUCCCAUGACUCCUUGCCGGGGACCAGCGGGGAGAGUAGGGGUCCUCCGCUGCCUACGCCCUCCUUGCGCAGAAGGCUUUCGCGCAGAGAGAGUAGGAGGAGACUAGGCGUCAAAGAGCUUUGCUGGAAGAAGUUUAAGAAACACCCACUGACGGAUUCUGCCAGCGAUUGAGACAGCCAUGGGUGAGUGGCUGUCCGGACAGAAAAGGUUCACUCAGGCAACCCAGCCAGGUGUUUGCACCGGCCUACGCACGAGCAACCCCUAGAACCAUUACAGCAGAAAAUUCCAACUUUAUUCCUUGUAUUCCAUAGAUUUGCCUCACAUUUAAAUGUGAGUGAGUACUUUAAGCUACCAUUCUAGGAGAAGCUCAAUUACAUUCUGCAUGGGUUUUUUUCAUAAGUAAGUUGUUACAGAAAGACUGAAACAAAACACCUGUUCAUUUUAAGAAGAUCUCAGAGGUCAAUAGCUAGUGAGAACUUCAACCGACAUUUGGAAGUCAGCAAAAAGAAAAGCUAAGCAAGUAAACGUAGUAAACAGUGUUACAAAAUCUGUCAAGAAAGUACAGUGGUACCUCGGGAUACAGAUGCUUCAGGUUACAGAUGCUGCAGGUUACAGACUCUGCUAACCCAGAAAUAGUACCUCGGGUUAAGAACUUUGUUUCAGGAUGAGAACACAAAUUGCAUGGUGGUGGCACGGCGGCAGCGGGAGUUCCCAUUAGCUAAAGUGGUACCUCAGGUUAAGAAAAGUUUCAGGUUAAGAACAGACCUUCGGAACGAAUUAAGUUCUUAACCCGAGAUACCACUGUACUUGCCUCCGGGAACAUUUAGCCGCAUUCUGUAUUCUUGGGGUGCACUCUGUUCUCUAGAUAGUGGUGUUGGAGCCAGUGUAUUUUGCUCUACAAACAAUUUAUUUGUACGUAGCUGGCCCCAUAAUAAAACUGGUGCCACUAAGCAGUAAAUGCUUCCCAAGGGAGGAGCCUGUCCACAUAAGCUUAGCAGCACGUACAGAUACGGACGUUUAUGUGCUGUGUUCACACAUGCUGCAUAGGAAAUAAAAAAUGAUGUAACAUCUCUUAAAAUUUGAAAAUAAUUUUUUGUUAGAGCAAAAUAUUUCAUGACCCCAAGUACAGCAAUCAGCUUGACAUUCAAAAUGCUGUAAUCCUUAUCCAUUGUUUGUUCCCAAAACACAUCUGGGCACAACUCUGUCCCAAAUCUAUCUUGAGUAGAAAGCACUUCCAUUGCGUAAGUUGACUAUGCAUUACACUUUAACCAAGAACACUUGACAUUGUAUAACUGUAAAUAUUUCUGAUUGUACCAAAGAUGUCUAUUCACAUUUUAGAUCAAGUGUUCCACAUCACUGAAUUCUCGGAAAUGCAAAACUGUUUCUUCCUGACCAGUUUCCUGUGAGUCACUAAUAUACCUUUGCAGGAAACUAAAGCAGAAACUGUUGUAAUAACAUAUGAUUUCAAAGGGGUAAUUAUAAAUUUGGGUUGUGAAGUCUUAUUUCAGGCGAGGGGAGUGAGGGACAGGUUAUGGUGUGUUUGUGAUGCCCAUGACAGUUUCUCCAGUUUGCAAAUGUGCCGAUGUGUCCAAAAAUGUCAGUGGCUGAAAAGGUUGGUAUCCCCUGAUCUGAGAACACCUGCAGUAAUUUUCAGCCAUGAACUGGAAUGCCCAAGGUUUUCAGUUUCUGCCUUUAUAUUGGACAGCCCAGGUUGUCCAUAUCUUCGCUACUACUUGCAAGGCACCUAAUCACACCCAUGAUUGAUGCCUAGGAGUAAAAGUGUGUAUAUAUGAUGGCAUAACUAUACAGUGGUACCUCGGGUUAAGUACUUAAUUCGUUCCAGAGGUCCGUUAUUAACCUGAAACUGUUCUUAACCUGAAGCACCACUUUAGCUAAUGGGGCCUCCUGCUGCCGCCGCGCCACCAGAGCACGAUUUCUGUUCUUAUCCUGAAGCAUUAUUUCUGGGUUAGCGGAGUCUGUAACCUGAAGCGUAUGUAACCUGAGGUACCACUGUAUGGUGGGAACAGAAUUGCAGCUGACCCUUGAAGAGCAGGAUUGGAUGACCUUGUGGUACAAGACAAACAUCAAUCUAUGUUGGCAAAUGUGAGGGAGGUAUUAGCAUGUUAAUGGUACCUGACACCAAAUUGGGUGGCUCAUAUGUCAUUGAGUUCCUUCCUCAUGUGCUGGAGGGACUGCCAGGAUAUUGGCACUUACUGGCACAUGGGGUGGGACAGUUGUUUGGCUGGAGAAAUCAAUUCAUUUUGGAGACUGAAUCAUGUGUACUCUUUCCACCUCACUUGCUUCGCGCCCCCCCCCCCCGGAAUGCAAAUUUAAAUAAGGCCUUGAGUAGUUUUCAGCUUGAAAUACCAAGUGUUUCUCUUGUCCUCAAAUUGUGAUUUUAAACGUGUGGGUUGUGCGCAUACUACAUUUUCAUUCUAGCUGUUCUUCUGUGUACAACAGUAAGCGUUAUAUAAGUAACCUCUAACAGCCAGUUAGGCCUCCUUAAAUUUAGGUGUGCCUAGCUCUGCAUAGAAUUAGGCUGUUAAUUCUUUUGCCAAGAAGUAACUAUAACAUUGAUCUCUAAUUUGGUCUUUGAAGUGCCGAAAGAUAAUUUGCUAGACAAAAUAGAACCCCCCCAUACAGAUUAUCGUGUGUGUGUGUGUGUGAGAGAGAGAGAGAGAGAGAGUGAGAGAGAUGGUAUAGCAGUGCUUUGUGUCAAAAUACUUUCUAUCUUGUUAUGUUGCUUGUGCAAGCCCUUUUUUUCUUUCAUGGCUUCUAAUUGUGUAGUAAGAGCCGUUACAACAAUCAGUUGCAGCUCGUAGCAAAGCUCAAACUUGCUGAUGCAGUUAGUCACAUUUUAAGAGAUCAUUGACCCAUCAGUAAGACUCUGACCACCUCAGAGAUAAAAAGCUAAUGUUCUAUUGGCCACUUAUAGUGGAACAGAUUAAGAAAUUGUGUAAUAAUUAACAAAGGUAAUGGAAAUGUGCCUUUUAGUUCUAACCAGUAUAUGUCAGUUGCAGGUUUUAUAUCUCUUUUUUACUUUAGUACAGCAUCUAAAUGUAAUAUAAAAAACUGAUUGCCAUAUGUCACUAGAGAAAUGCAGGGCAAUUGACAUUUAUUAACAGCCUUACUGUAGCAUUCUCUUCUUCCAUAAUUUUAAAAUUGUUAUCCCAUAUUCUUCUGUGUAUUAGAUAUUAAAACCAAAUGAGAGGUGAAAUGUGUUUAAGGCUUUACAAGCAUUUGAGCAAAUAAUUUUAGGAUUGCUGCAUAAAUAAUUCAUGUCUUAAAAACACAUUUUUCAGAUAAAGUAACUUGCAUUGUUUCUGGCUUGGCUAUAUAUUGGGGUUUAUACCAAAAGGCAGGGACGCGGGUGGCACUGUGGGUAAAACCUCAGCGCCUAGGGCUUGCCGAUCGCAUGGUCGGCGGUUCAAAUCCCCGCAGCGGGGUAAGCUCCCGUCUUUCGGUCCCAGCUCCUGCCCACCUAGCAGUUCGAAAGCACCCCUAAGUGCAAGUAGAUAAAUAGGUACCGCUUUAUAGCGGGAAGGUAAACGGCGUUUCUGUGUGCUGCGCUGGUGCCGGCUCGCCAGAGCAGCUUCGUGACGCUGGCCACGUGACCCGGAAGUGUCUCCAGACAGCGCUAGCCCCGGCCUCUUAAGUGAGAUGGGCGCACAACCCUAGAGUCGGACACGACUGGCCCGUACGGGCAGGGGUACCUUUACCUUUACCUUUACCUUAUACCAAAAGGCAGCUUAGGUUCUGCUUGUUGCAGGUGAUUAGAUGGAUAUCGGUUGAUUUCAGCUGAGGCUGUGGGCAAGGUGCUUGACUGGGUCUGUGCCAUGAUGUGCCUGCUUGACACUUGUCCUUUCUGAUUUUAUAACAAGGGUCAAUGAAUGCCUCAUAGGCCUCCAUGAGAUGAAACACAAAGCAUUCCUUAGCAUUAUGGGAAUGAGCCUCUGUGAGCCUCAAGCUCAUACGCACCUCCCUUCUCUUUCUUCCUCCUGCAUGGCCACAAGUUCAAGCAUUGCUUCCUGUUUUAAAUUAACCAUGGUUUAUUCUUACGUCUUGUGGUUUAAUGUUACUUCUAAAUUCAACUGUUCUUGCUAACCUGAACGAGUGAGUACUUGCAGGUCUGAUUAAAAACCAACUGUUGUUCCUUCUCAUCUAGGCAAUUAUAGUGCAGUGUCAAAUUUAUCAUCUUUGGGGCAAGAUGCUCAGGUGGAUCAACAGUCUCUUGGAUGAAUCCAGUUAUUUGGAUUCAGGUAUACAGUGGUACCUUGGUUCUUGAAUGGCUUAGUUGUUGAACAAAUCGGCUCCCGAAUGCCGCAAACCCGGAAGUAAGUGUUCCAGUUUGCAAAUGAUUUUUGGAAGCCAAACGUCCAACGCGGCUUCUGCUUGAGUGCAAGAAACUCCUGCAGCCAAUCGGAAGCCGCACCUUGGUUUUCGAAUGAUUUCAGGAGUUAAACGGACUCCCAGAAUAGAUUAAGUUUGAGAACCAAGGUACCACUGUACACACUUAGUUCUGCUGCGGUCACCUAGUUUGAAAGCAUAGCGUUAGAUGCAAGAUUGUAUCCCUAGAUUGUAAACAUUUAAUUCCAAAGCAACAGUUUUUCUUUUUAUUAUUGUAUAGAUUUAGCUACAGUCUUUGUGUAGAAGAUGCAAAGCUAUAAAUAAUGUAAAGUUCCCCUCUGAUUAUACAAAAUCUCAUUGAAAGUAGACAUGGCUUGGGAGUGGAUGAGUUUUUUGUAGCCUUCUUCUACAUAGCAAGAAUUUCAUGAACCUCAACCCAGCUAACUAAUGUGAGAGAGAGCCCCACAAUCUUGGCAUCGAUAUUCAGAGAUUGUAGUCUGAAUGAACAUCUGUCAGCAGUGAUUUGGAGUGCUGCCAUUGAAGAAGGUUGUUCCCGUCUGUGAUACCAACCUCUAGGAAUGCUGAGUGAAACCAGUGUUCUUCUUUCUCCCCCUUUCCUGUUCCUCCACUGAAAGGGUUUGUUUUUUAAAAAUUAAAUCAGAGAUUAAAUUAAACCAGUGUGUUUUAAUGAAAUCUGAGAUUAUGAUGAUUUUGUCAGGUCAAGCAUGGAGUUCUUUCUUUACUUAGGUGAUCUUCUAUUUCUGAAUUGACCUUUGCAGGAACCUAAUUUAGUGGGAAACAUUCCCUGCUGUUUACAGAAAGUAGCUUAGUAUAUAUCUCUCUGUGUGUAGUACAGCUCCCCGUUUUUGUUAGUAUGGUUUAAGUAGUGCCUCAAUAUAAUGAUAACCCUACUAUUUGGGGAAAAUGCAUUUCUCCCAGAAUCAAGCACAAUACAGCUUCUCCAGAGUUGUUACUGCUCUAGAGGCUCUAUCUCAAAUUGUUUAUAGUAUUUCGUUUCCUACUUUCAGGAAGUUCUUCAAAGUAGGAGGAAUGAGCAAAGAAUUGAAGUGCUUUAUAUACUAAUAGUAUUCCCAGGUGCUGAGUUAUGAUGGCUAUGUAAUCUAAAUGAUGCUACUGAGAAAGAAGAAGGUAUCAGCAUAUUUAGAGGAACCCCUAGGUUUGUAAAAGUUAUAGGGGAAAGCUUUAGGAACACCCCCCUCCGCCGCCCAGCAGCCAUAGAAGGCUACAUGUAUGUUGUGUGGGAGGCCAAAAGCAAGAGGAGAUCAUAGAAUUGUAAAGUUGGAUGAGGAAUUGAAUGGAGAAUCCCAAAAGGAGACAUUGUUGGAUGACUAGAACCCUGACUAGUAGUACUACACACUGCAACAUUUUGUUGCCGUUCCCACUUGUAUAUUUUAGUUUCUCUUUGGUGGUAAGACAAAGCAGAGGUUGGAUGGCUAUCUGUCAUGUAUGAUGUAGUUGCAAUUCCUGCAUUGCAGGCGUUUGGAUAGAUAGACACCUGGGAUCCCUUCCAACCGUAAUUCAUUGUAUAUUUAAACUCUUGUACUAAUAUUACUUCUAUAUGGCUGUUGGUUUUAAAUGUUUAAAUGGAUUGAUUUUUUUUUUACCUAUGUGUACACUGCCCUAUGGGAAGAAGGGCUGGAUAGAAUUAUAACAAAAGUAAGUUAAAUGUAAUAUACUAAUGAACAAAUGGGGCAAGUGGUCUCAAACCUAUGCUCUGUGGGGUUGACCUAAACAAAUUAUUUACUCUUGUCAUUCCUCUGUCACUUUUGAACUCUACAACUCAGAGGUAGCAAACUCCAUCCUGUUGAUAGUAGGCCAGUGCCUAAAGUUUCAUCAUUACUUUUGUCAAACACUGCAUGACCUUUAAUCUCUACUUUGGCACUGCUGUUUCCAGCAGUAUUGCAUCUUUCUCAGAGUUUGUGGUUCAUGAUGACCUUGGCUGAUCUUUUUCUUUUACCAGACCUAUUUAAAUCCUACAGAUGUUAUGAAAACCUUAGCCUUGGAUUAGGCAACACUGAACAGUGUUCUCAAUUUCUCCUUUUUUACCUUCUGUCUACUUCAUCCCUGCCAUUAUAUUCUCUUUAUAAAUUACUUAUAAAUACUGGGUUAUUGUUUCCGCUGGAUGUGAUCAACCCACUGUGCUGUUGAACUUGGAACAGUUGCUCAUCCACAAGAUCCACAAGAUCCAUGAAGCCACAAUAAAUACUUUGUUCCUAAAGCACCCAUUCCCAAUUGAUCCUGCCCACUGCAUCUCACAUUCCUCUUUCACUUUUGGUGUGUCCCUUUGUUCUGAUUCUUCCUAAACUGAACUGCUUUGGCUGAUUUUUGGCUUUGAUCCUGGGUUAUAAAUUGGUAUUAUUAUAAUGAGGCUAUUAUUGGACUGUAAUUGAAAUCUAAUAAAAAAAUUAUUUCAUAAAAAAGGAAUCUCAGUUUUAGAUUCCACUUGAAAUAAAACACUUGUCCAUACUAGGGCAGACAGUAAAUAAAUAAAUAUGUUAGGGUAUGUUUAAUAUUGCUCCAGAACUGGAUUAAUUAUAAAAUGUCUGUAUAUAUAUAUAUAUGCCUCAUACAGUCAUGCUACAAUGUAGAGUCUACUCAUAGUUUUCUAAGGACUUGGUGACCUCUGAUGGGCAACUAAGAAUAUGGAUUAAAUAUUUUCUGAUAAAAUGAGAGGCAAAUGUUUCUUAUUGUAACCUACUCUGAGUUCCUCUUUAAGAAGGAAAAUAGAAUAUAAAUAAUUGUUUUAUGUGUUAAGUAAUAAAUGCUUAAGAAUUUUAUUGAGUGUUGUGCUUGUUUUUUAAAAAUAUUUUACAGAAGAUCAAAAAUCUGGAAUACGUAUCGGAGAUCUUGGGCUCCUGA